CACCCAACUAACCCACGUCGUGGGAAAAUUCCCACCUUCCACGACUAUGUCUCGGCAGACAUGUGGUUAUCUCCUCCCCUCGCAGCUUUCUUGAUCGGGCCUAUUCUUUAUUACGGCCCACUAAUACCCUUGCGGUUACCCCUUCAAUCCGCUGCGACGAACAGAGGUGUCGGAGUCAGCGAUUCUUUCCUCCUACGCUUCACCUACACCCUUCCUCUGCUACCAAUGUCGAUAUAUGGGUGUUCCUCAGUUCCUCCUCACCGCCUCUACCUACCUUCUCAUCACUACUUCGUCCUCACCUCCUCUCCUGUAUCCUAUAGGCUUUCAAUUUGGCGGUCUCCAGUCUUCCUGUUUGCGACACUCUUAAAAAAUUCUUCCCAGGCUGUGGUUCCCAAAACCAUCUACGGUUGGUUUAACCCCUUUCAGUACGGGAGGAUAAAGUUUGAAGACGACUGCUAGCUUCAACAAGUGGGAUGAAUCUCCAAGCCAGACUCCAUUCAAUCACCAUUUCAGAAGCUGAGUGGAGUUUGAGAGGUCUAUAAGUAAUGAAUUAUCUCAGGCAGGCCUCCAAAAGAGACUAAGGAACAACGAAUUGGCAUUCUCCGGCACUGGACAUAUUUUUGUGGCCAUCCAAUGCUUGACUCAGGGCUACCUUGACGGUGAUGGUUAUGAUGGCAGUGAAACUAACCACCCGGUGAGCUCUCUUCCUAGGUUAGUUCACACACUACCCUUAGAAGUUUGAAACAACUAUUUUCAGCAGUGGUGAUCUUUGUAUUAACUGAUAUUAGAACACACAAAGCUAUGUACUUAUGAAUGUGAAAGUUGGCUACCGACUGGGAUUACUUUACUAGGUUUGUAUUUUGUAGAUUGCUUAGCUUGGGUUCCGUGGAUCUUGCUCUUUCCUUAUAUGAAUCAUUUUUCUCUGCUUGGAUGAGUUUUUCUUUUGGAUGUCAGUUCUGGCAAUUGGGAGGAAUCUACAAAGGGUGAUAAUUUUGUGGUCGUUUGUUAUCUUAUCUAGGUUUUAUGCCUCCUUAGUUUCAUUUAAGAGGCAUCCCUAUUUCUGUCAAGCGUUUGCUUUAUGAUUACAGUGUGAAACAUCAAACUACUUUGACAAUAAAUAGUUGAUUCGGAUGUAUCUAUAGCUUAAAGCUACCAAAUUAAACCUCUUAAAAUAUUUAUGCUAGCACUUUCUGUAACUUUCCGUAUUCACUUUCUGCACUUAUGAAAUAUUUGAAUAGUUCCCGUGAAGCCCUCUAUCCAACCUCCAUGUGGUCUAUUAGUUCAUUCAUGGGGGGAAAUAGACAAAAUCACAUACUGAUUGUAAUCACAACUAUAAUAUGCGAUCUCUCUAGAUUCAGGAUUGGAACUACAUAAAAGUAUGUCUGCCAAGUCUGUUCUUUAUGUAUCUUCCAACUGUUUUUGGCUUCAACUAUUUGUGACUUUCAUGUGGUUCUAUUGACAUUCAAGAGUCAUCUACUGUUGUUUGUAGGUUGGUUCUGAAGCUUAAGUUAUCUUUCUGUGAUUUUGACGAAUGGUUUAUGUGAAAUCGCAGAAGGUUAGUGCAUGAAUACGGGGUUCCAUGUUUAUUUGAAGUGCUAUCUCUCUGCACUAAUAUUUCUUAUGUAACGUCGAUCUGGAAUUCUCUUCUAAAACAUGAAGAGGACUAUUUCAAUAAAUCUGAUUAUUGAAAGAUAAGUAAUUGAUUUCGUUUGUUUGUUGUUAGUAGAGGAAGGUAUGUGAAUUUGUAAGCUUAAUGGUUGUUUCUUGUCCUCCAUUGAUGUAGAUAUAUACACCCAACUGUAUUUUCUUUCAUUAUGGACACAAGUACAUUUGAGUGUGGCACUUGAUUCCCCUGUAUUCUUAUAUUGUUUUUCCAUUUAGAAAACUCAGUUUAUGCAAAAUCACACAUUGUUGCUUUUUGGGGAUGAUUUCCCCUCCUAGAGAGUCCAAUUUCCUUGCAAAUAAUCAUCUUAAAAAGGCGCUACAUCACCCAAAAGUCCAGGUCCUGUAAUUUUAGCAUAGUCCAAUUUCCUUGCAAAUAAUCAUCUUAAAAGGCGCUACAUCACCCAAAAGUCCAGGUCCUGUAAUUUUAGCAUAGUUGUUUACUUUUCUUCGUGUGAGUUGGUAGUUGCAGGUUAUGAAGUUUGUUUUGGAUUUCGAUUGAGGUUAGAAUGAGGAUUUGAGGCUAUAUUGCUUUGUCCCAAUGAAGUCGUGGAGCACAGUCAAGGUGAAAAGUCUGGAGUAACUAAGAACUGGUAUGCCGUACUGUUGUUUCUUUAAAGAAUGUGUCUUGCACAAUUAAUUUGAGAAGUAGGGAGGGUUAGCGGAAAAGUGAGAGAUAACUAAUUCCAGUUUCCUGUCUGUUUAACUAGAUGUAACCUGACAUGCACGGAUCCUCACCAAAUCGUUAAUCUUGAUUAGUGAUUAAUCAUUUAUACCCCAUGCUCCCCUAAUGUAGUUUCCUUUGUGUUUUAUAAUGGCAAGUCUAGGAAAGAUAUAUGUGGAAGUGUUAUGUACCUUAUUUGGCAUCUCUUUGUGCUCCAUCCAUCUAAGUGAUGAAUUUGAGUUGUAGUAUUUAGCACUUGGAAAUUGGUGUUUCAAGCAUGUAUAUACUAAGCCUUUUCUUAAUGGAAUCAUAUGGAAAAGCCUUCUGUAAUAAAUUUUCACCAUCCAAACUUCCAAAGCCUUCCAUCGAUCAUUUAUAUAACUAAAUAAAUUUCAUUUUAAUGUUUUUAUUGCAAAUUAUUUUGUUAUUAUGCUGAAAAUAAUUAAUUAAUUAGAAUAUAAUAUUGAGCUUUUUUCUUAAUACUUUUCAAGGGGGGAUUGCAGCGACCUCAUGAGUCUCUCCCACCUUCCUUGACUUAAUUCAAUUCUUUCAAUGUAUUUAGUCAUGUGAUUGAUUAGCUUAUUCUGGGUUUCAAUCCAGCCUUGCCAUAUGUAUAGCUAAACCUGUAAACCACAAUAUAACAUAAAGUUCUUUCCACUUUUGUCUAAAGGUUUUGUUCCUUUGUUACACCCUAUCACAUAACUGAGCACCAACCUCGAUUCACCUACUGAUGUUGACGUAUGUUGUUCUUAUGUUUAGCAGUAUCUGGAGGGUGUCUCCUCACGGUUCACAACAUGCUGCCAGGGAGGGUGAGCUCGCAAAGGCAGAAGCCUCAAAUGCUACUAAGAGAAUCCCCCAAAUAAUGUGAUUCCAACUACGGGCACUCCACAUGCAAUCUCAAAAGAAAGCAUGAACUGAUCAUGAAUAAUGAAGUUUAAUAUUUCAUGUUCCAAUUGGUGGGUAAUUUUAGUUUCUUUUCUAUAUUUUUAUUAGCAAGAAUGGUCCUACACCCACUGGAUAGAUUAGUGGUUGGUAGAAGGAUGCUUAAUUAGAUGCGUUUGGUUGUGAUUAACCUUUUUAUUAAUUGAUUUAGACUUGCAUUUUUAUUUCAGUUCUAAAUUUAUUAGGGGUGUAUAUCAGGUUCCUUUUGCAUCAUUAAAUGUGUUUCAUGUUUUAUGAUGCAUACCUGUAAUGAGAGGCUUUAGGUUGAAUGAAUUUUGGGUGUCCAU